AAUGAAUGAAUGAAUGAAUGAAUGAAUGAAUGAGUGAGUGUAGUGUUGAUCUGUCAUGUCUUCCUCCUCAGGACAGCAGCUCAGAGACACACAGAAUCGCUCCGUCUCCUGUGGUCCAUGUUCGGGGUCUCUGUGAGUCUGUGGUGGAGGCUGAUCUGGUGGAGUCCUUGGAGAAGUUCGGAAACAUCUGUUAUGUGAUGAUGAUGCCAUUCAAGCGUCAGGCGCUGGUGGAGUUUGAGGAGGUGGAGAGCGCAGACCGCUGUGUGUCGUGUGGAUCUCAGGAGGCCGUCUACAUCGCCGGUCAGCAGGCCUACUUCAACUACUCCACCAGCAAACGCAUCACGAGGCCCACCAACGCAGACGACCCCAACAGCGGGAACAAAGUGCUGCUGCUGUCCAUCCAGAACCCGCUCUACCCCAUCACUACGGUAACCAUAACCUGUUAACUGACCCGUCACUACGGUAACCAUAACCUG